CCCCUCAAAAACUCAACGAUUUUUCGAGAAACUCUGCACAGAGAGAGAGAGAGAGAGAGAGAGAGGGAGAGAGAGAGAAGGCAAAAUGGCGUCGUUUCUGCAAUCGUUGGUAGAUCCAAGGAAGAAUUGGUUCGCCCGUCAGCACAUGAAGGCCGUCUCUCAACGCCUCCGCCAUUACGGGCUUCGAUACGACGAUCUGUACGAUCCCUACUACGAUUUGGACAUCAAGGAGGCUUUGAAUCGGCUACCAAGGGAGAUAGUGGAUGCUCGUAACCAGCGUCUCAAGCGCGCCAUGGACCUCUCCAUGAAGCACGAGUACCUUCCCGAACAUCUUCAGGCACAGCAAACACCAUUCAGGAGCUACCUUCAGGAAAUGCUGGCUCUUGUGAAGAGGGAGAAAGCAGAGCGUGAAGCUUUGGGAGCAUUGCCACUCUAUCAGCGCACCAUUCCAUAAGCAUGUUAUUGCCUCUUGUAGCUAUUUUUUGUUGGAAUGGUUCGUUGGACGAAAUUAUAGCAGUGUUUCUGGUAGAUGUUUCCAUACCUUAAGGGAGAUUGUUUUCUGUUCUAGAAGCUUUUCCCAAUUGUUGGCAUUUGAGGACCUGAAUUGGAACUUCCUGGAUGGUUGUCAUAUUCUGGAAGUCCCUUGGUUUUUUCAUAAUAAAUGUAUGAUCCAAAUUUAACUUCUUUAAUAUGCUUGAUUGCAAUAAGCUGACUUUCUCUAUGAAUGGAUGCGAGAUGGGUUCGAA